UGUAUCAGUGACUGAUGAUGAUGGGUCUACACCUCUUCAUAAAGCAUGUGAGAGUGGGAGUGAGGCAGUGGUGAGAUUACUACUGGACUGUGGUGCAGAUCCAUCUGCACGUGACAACAUGGGCAAGACACCAGACAGUAGAACCUGGUCUGCUGCUGUAAGGAACAUUGUGUUCACAGAAAGAAGACGGCGAGGUGUUAGUGUGGAUGCUCCUGGAUGGUGGGAUACCCAAUCUAGUCAGCACAUAGGACCACUGACGCCUUUGUAUCAUCAACUUCACCUUUGGCCAAAGGUACAACAGUCUGAUAUAAACACUUGGAGUAGCAAUUGCCUGUCAAGUACUCAGAUGAUGGCACAGCCAGGUGGUUCACAGCUCAUGACACAGCCAGGUGGUUCACAGCUCAUGCCACAGCCAGGUGGUUCACAGCUCAUGACACAGCCAGGUGGUUCACAGCUCAUGACACAGUCAGGUGGUUCACAGCUCAUGACACAGUCAGGUGGUUCACAGCUCAUGACACAGUCAGGUGGUUCACAGCUCAUGACACAGUCAGGUGGUUCACAGCUCAUGACACAGUCAGGUGGUUCACAGCUCAUGACACAGUCAGGUGGUUCACAGCUCAUGACACAGUCAGGUGGUUCACAGCUCAUGCCACAGCCAGGUGGUUCACAGCUCAUGACACAGUCAGGUGGUUCACAGCUCAUGACACAGUCAGGUGGUUCACAGCUCAUGACACAGUCAGGUGGUUCACAGCUCAUGACACAGCCAGGUGGUUCACAGCUCAUGCCACAGCCAGGUGGUUCACAGCUCAUGACACAGCCAGGUGGACCUCAGCUCAUGACACAGCCAGGUGGUUCACAGCUCAUGACACAGCCAGGUGGUUCACAGCUCAUGACAAAGACAGGUCAACACCCAUUCACAUUUUCUUCAAGCAAAUCUCAGUUUGUGCCAGAUUUUCAACUGGAUACAAAUCAAGGUUCCACAAUUUCCUCAUCAGAUUCAUCCUGUCUUACAACCAUGUCAGACAUAGGUACACAGCCAGGUUUUUCUUCAUUGUCAGGACUACUAGUUACACCACACAGCUGGAUGUCAGCCCAAGAUGCUGCUGAGAGCAAUAUGAUGUCUUGUAAUGGCAGUGACUACAACACUACACCAGCGGCAUCACUACCUACACGGGUUGAACCUGACUGCAAGACGUCUGUCUCAGGUGAUAAAGGUUUACAGGAACACAAUCUACCAAUAAUAAACAGUGCUCCUUUCACGACAUGUCAGAAUAUGGUUUCAAGAUUGAACAACAACCAGCGGGUUGUGUACACUCAAGCCAAAGAGGACACUACAACUGUGACAUCCAUUGGACGUAGCACCACACUAAGCAGUUCUAAUAACCAUCCCAUGCCACAACAAUCUGUGAGCAGUAGCCCGGUGCCAAGCAAUCUCCAGGACUCUUAUGCUUCUCACCCCAUGUCAAGUAUAGCGAUGUCUCUACAAGAGCCACCACUCUUAUACAGUCAUACAAAUCCACAAAGCUUCCUUCUAGAAAAGGUGGUUUUAAGAUCCCAGUUCAAAGAGUCAUGAAGUGUAUGCUAUUUCCUGUGCCAAACAUCUUCUAAGAUUGAUUAGCUUCCUGUCCUCAGUCAAAAAUGUUUAAAUACAAGGUCUGUCAAGUCUGUCAUUCCCUAUCAAGAGAAUGGUCAUAAAGCAUAUUUAUAAACAUGAUACAAAACUUUACAAAAAAUGUCUCACCAACAAAGGAUGUGGUCUAAAUACUAUGUUGCUAAAAUACAAAAUUUCAAAACAUUAUUGUUCUGUGUUUGUGAGAGUGCACAGAGAGUAGUGUUUUACAACUGUCUACCAUUGUUGAACUGUAAACGAGGCAGGAUCAUCUGUUGACCAUCUGUAGCAAACAAUCAUCUAUUGACCAUCUGUAGCGAACAAUCAUAUCUCGAAGAAACUAGUUGCUAACAAUCAUCUCUUGAAGCCCCAGUUACCUUCCACUUGGCAACAAAAGGUAGCAUUGUCCCUUCUUAGAAACAACAGACACAGGCUUGUGU